AUGAUUGACCACGUCCUUGGACGACCUUCGGUCAAGUCGCGCCGACUCCAGGUGCUGGCUGUUCUGGCCUUCUGGUCAGCAUACAUCUUCAGAGGCGAUCCCCAUGGUCCUCCUGUCAUGCGAUUCUUCUCCAAGCUCACCACGAAACGUCUCACAACAUGGCAGACUGUCGUUGCCACUAUGCUCUAUCUUUACGCUGCUCGCAACUUUAGCACACUCGUCGGGCUUGCAAGCCCUGAGCCCAUGUGCAAUAUGUACGAUGCCACUUAUUUCCGUGCCACUUGGGUAUUGACCGCCCUGGACGCCGGAUUCUGGACCGCCAUGAAAAUACGGGCCAAAUGGCUACGCGACCUCGCCAGUAUCGUCUUCUCAGUCUUCUACAUGUUUGCCGCUGAAAAGGCCGAUGAAAAGGUGCGAAAGGUUCGCGGAAUGUUGACGGUCGAACACCUGCGAGUGUCUUGGAACAAGGGGACGACCCCUUACCUACGUUUCUUCCAGGGUCUUUUGCGCCCUCGCUUCUCCCGUUGGCCACCGCGUGCAAUUCGCAUCCCGCGACCAAGUGGCAGUGACUACAAAGAACCGGUAUCUGCUUGGCUGUACUUUGACGGCCCGCUCACCGACCUCGCGCGGCACAACAGAAUCAUUGUGGACAUUCCUGGAGGAGGGUUUGUGGCCAUGGACCCUCGAUGCAAUGACGACAAGCUGUUCGCCUGGGCUGCAAAGACCGGAAUGCCGGUGCUGAGCUUGGAUUACAAGAAAGCUCCGGAGUUCCCAUACCCCUAUGCACUAAACGAGUGCUUCGACGUCUAUACCACCAUCAUCAGAAGCAAGGGAAGGUGCAUUGGCAUGUCUGGGAGGGAGACGCCCAGGGUGGUUCUAACGGGAGACAGCGCUGGAGGAAACUUGGCGACGUCGACGGCCCUUAUGAUUAUUGAACGGACGUCAGCUCCUUUGCGGCACUACGUAAACACCGGAGAUCUUCCCUUGCCUGAUGGACUUGUUCUAUUCUACCCUGGACUAGACAUGAAUAUCGGAAACUGGAUGUCGGACGAGCAAAUGUCAUUGAUGAAGGACAGAAGAAUGAGGAGCACGAACAAGUCAAUUAUCAGGCGCAAGAGCAUGCAGUACAAUGACCUGGUCGGCACACCACACCAGACUGAUGAUGAGGAGGAAAGAACUCCUAAAAAUCUCACAGAACUAACAGAUAAAGAGGCUGAGAUCGCAUCAUCACAAGUCCUCGCAAGCCCGCACCCUGAGUACUCGCACAGUGGUCCGCAGGUCCUGUCAAAUACACAGCUGGCGUCGCAGGAUAUCAAGCGCCAAAAGAGCACCUCCCACCACUCGGAGCCUCUGCGGACCCGGCUUGCUAUGUCUUCAAUGAUUUCUUACUUUAAUGACCGCGUCCUUACACCCGAAAUGAUGCGCGCCAUGAUUAUCCUUUACAUUGGCCCCCACAACCGGCCUGACUUCAGCCAAGAUUACCUACUGUCCCCUGUUCUGGCACCUGAUUCUCUCCUGGCCCGUUUCCCCAAGGUUUACUUCCUUACCGGCGAACGGGACCCAUUGGUUGACGACACAGUGAUUUUCUCUGCUCGGCUGCGAAAAGUUAAGGAGGCCAUGUUCGACCAAGCACGCUCUGAGCGCUCUGACCUGGGUGACGGUCAGGAGCCAGUUUUCGACGCCAGGGACGUUGCUGAGGUGAUACUCAUUCCCGGCAUCUCCCAUGGCUUUUUACAGUUUCCAACCGUGUAUCCGCCAGCUUGGAAGCUUAUUGAUAGAUCCGCUGAUUGGAUCAUGGAGACGUUUGCUUACGCAGACGCAGUCCGCGAACGUGAGAGUCGUGGACGUCGGCGUGUUGGCGGACCCGCUACGAACGGCAACAGUCAGGGAAGACAUCACAUGCGGACUGAGUCGAGCGGUGACGAAGACCGGCCUCUCGAGAUCAGCAUGACGCGGGCCAACCGAAGCAAAACUCUGACGAAGGAGCCACAACCUAUGGCGGAGGGCGAGUCACUGGUGGAGAAGGUCGAGGCCGGGAAUGGGAAGAAGAAGAACGGAAGAGCGAGGGGCGCGAGCAAGAGCGCGGGCACAAGCCUGGUCAAGCUCAAGAGUACAGAUGACCUACUCGGCAGGCGUAUGCAUGGGCUAGCUGGUGGACUGACAGGCGUUGGUAAUGAACAUGAUUGA